UUAAGACAACGUUCAGCGAUUUCAACCAAAACGAAAACCAAAAGUUUUGACAAUUUAAGCUGUUAAGCACGUGUUUUGACAACUACUGCAAAUGGUAAAAGAGACGACUGUGUAAAUCAAUCAACAAUAAACCAUGAAAACACGGUUUAAUUCUUACGAUAUUAUAUGUGGUGUUGCCGAGCUUCAAAGGCUUGUCGGCUUACGCGUAAAUCAAAUAUAUGACAUUGACAACAAGACGUAUCUAUUCCGACUUCAUGGAAGUGGAGCAUCGGAGAAGGCGACAUUGUUACUUGAGUCUGGCACUCGAUUUCACACAACUGCCUUUGAGUGGCCCAAAAAUGUAGCGCCGUCGGGCUUCAGCAUGAAGCUAAGAAAACAUUUGAAAAAUAAGCGACUUCAGCAUGUACGUCAACUGGGUGCGGACAGAAUUGUUGAUUUUCAGUUUGGCACUGGGGAAGCUGCUUAUCAUGUUCUGUUGGAGCUGUAUGACCGUGGAAACGUCAUUUUAACUGAUUAUGAGCAAACCAUACUUUACAUCCUGCGACCGCACACUGAAGGAGAAAGUGUUCGCUUUGCCAUGCGUGAAAAAUAUCCAAUUGACCGGGCAAAAGAGGGAAACUGUGAAACCAUGUCUGAAGACGCAAUGCGUCAAAGAAUAGAGAAUUCGAAAGGUGGUGAAAGUUUGAGGAGUAUUUUAAUGCCAAUCUUAGACUGUGGCCCAGCUGUAAUUGAACACGUCCUUGUCGAACACGGAAUAGAAAAUUGCAUUGUGAAUUCUGCUCCUGAUGCUGACGAACCAGCGAAAGAAGAAAUGACGAAGACACAAAAUCCGAAAAAAAAUAAGCGUAAUCAAAAAACUUGUAAGACUAAGUUAUUUGACUUGGUGACCGAUCUGCAAAAACUAAUGAUGGCAAUAAAGGACGCGCGUGAUAUAAUAGAAAUUGGACAAAGUGGUAACUCUAAUGGCUAUAUAAUUCAAGUUAAAGAAGAAAAACCAUUGGAUACUGAAAAUACUGAACAUUUUUAUCGAAAUGUUGAGUUCCAUCCAUACUUGUUUGUCCAGAAUAAAGAUCAGCCAUUCAAAAAAUAUGAAACCUUUAUGGAAGCAGUCGAUGAAUUUUUUUCAACACAAGAAUCGCAAAAAAUCGAUAUUAAAACGUUGCAGCAAGAGAGAGAAGCUCUCAAGAAGCUUUCUAAUGUCAAAAAUGAUCACACAAAGCGAUUGGACGAACUAAAUAAAUUACAAGAUAUUGAUAAAAGGAAAGCCGAAUUAAUAACGUCUAAUCAAAGUUUGGUGGAUAAGGCCAUUUUGGCAAUUCAGUCAGCCAUCGCCAGUCAAUUGUCGUGGCCAGACAUACAAGAGCUGGUAAAAGAGGCUCAAACAAAUGGCGAUGUUGUUGCCAGCUCAAUAAAGCAAUUAAAGUUAGAAAUAAAUCACAUAUCGUUACUCCUUACGGAUCCAUACGAGUGUAAUGACGAUGAUUCGAUUAUAGUUGAUGUCGAUUUGGCAUUAUCCGCUUGGGCUAAUGCUCGCCGAUAUUAUGACCAAAAGCGUUCAGCGGCUCUAAAGGAAAAGAAAACCAUCGACGCAUCGCAGAAAGCACUGAAAUCAGCUGAACGUAAAACACAACAAACUCUUAAAGAAGUGCGCACUAUAUCAAAUAUAGCCAAGGCACGCAAAGUCUUUUGGUUUGAAAAGUUUUAUUGGUUUGUUAGUUCAGAGAACUAUCUUGUCAUUGGAGGGCGGGAUGCGCAGCAGAAUGAACUUAUUGUUAAAAGGUACAUGCGGCCAAAAGAUAUAUAUGUUCAUGCCGAUAUUCAAGGCGCAUCAAGUGUUAUAAUUCGCAAUGCAACGGGGGGGGAUAUUCCACCCAAAACAUUGUUAGAAGCUGGCACAAUGGCGAUUUCAUACAGCGUGGCAUGGGACGCAAAAGUCGUCACAAAUUCCUAUUGGGUCUAUAGUAACCAAGUUAGCAAAACGGCCCCGAGUGGAGAAUAUUUGGGUACGGGCAGUUUUAUGAUUCGUGGAAAGAAAAAUUUUCUUCCAUCGUGUCAUCUGAUAAUGGGCCUUAGUUUGCUUUUCAAACUUGAAGAAGGCUUCGUCCAACGCCAUGCAGGAGAACGGAAAAUUAGAAAUACAGACGAUGUGGCUGAUGAAGAUGAUAAAGCUCAGCAAGCAGAAAUUACAUAUACGGAACUCGAUGAAAUAAGCGAAUCUAACGAGGCAGAUAAUGUUUGUGCGAAUGCAAAUGCCUUUCCAGACACCGAAGUUAAGGUUGAACAUGAUACCGGCCGAAUUACUGUCAAAACAGAGUUAUUGCGUGAGGAUUCAAAACCUAAAACUGUUGAAAUUUCACAAGAAAAUAAUAUAAUAAACGAAGAGGAAACAGUCAUAAUAGAAGCAGGACCAUCCCGCAAGAAGACUCAAACGACAAACAAAAAACGUAGAGAAGCUAAAGUACGUUCGGAUAAAGCAGAUAUUGAGAGAUCCCAAGCUAGCGUGACUGAAAUGCUGGAGCCUAUAAAUGCUUCCAAAGUAAAACGAGGCCAGAAGGCAAAAUUGAAGAAGAUGAAAUCAAAAUACAGGGAUCAAGACGAAGAGGAACGCAAAAUGCGAAUGCUGAUUCUAAAUUCUUCAGGAAAAGAUAAAGUGAUCACCAGUAAUGACAACGAAGAUGAGAAACCCAAUACUCUAAAAGUAAAUCCGGUCGAAACUUUGGACGCACCCAUUGCCAAAAAUCAAAUUGAAAUAGAUGAAAACGACGAUGCGCCCGUUAUCGUUGACGCCGAUUUGCUGGAUACCCUCACUGGAGUGCCCCUUGAUGAUGAUGAACUGUUAUUUGCUAUUCCAGUUGUUGCUCCUUAUCAAUCAUUGCAGCAGUAUAAGUUUAAGGUGAAGCUGACUCCCGGAACAGGAAAACGAGGAAAAGCUGCUAAACUGGCACUAAGUAUUUUUUCAAAGGACAAAGCCUGUAAUAAUCGCGAAAAGGAUUUACUUAAAAGCAUAAAAGAAGAAGCUCUUGCAAGAAACAUCCCUGGAAAAGUUAAAGUUUCGGCACCUCAAUUACAGAAAUUAAGAAAGUGAAAAUAACUAGACCAUAGUUCUUACAUCUCAAUUCAAAAUUAUAUAAAACUUGUAUAUAACAGUUUAUAGAAACAAUUAAAACAAUAAAAUACGCCUUACUGUUGACACUUGAA